CUAUAAAAGCGAGUUAUUCCUUAGCUUAGGUAUCAGUUUUCGGUCUUAGUAUCGACAGCAAUAAACCAAUCCAAGAUGAAACUCGCCAUUGUCCUUUUGGGUUUUGUAGCCCUCUCUUCCGCCGCAAUCGUUACCGACGUACUUCAGGACCAAGUCAAGAGUGCCAAGUCUCAAUUGAGCAGCCUUCAGGGCCAAGUCAGCGAUUUGAAAAACAAGAUCGAAACUGAUGCUGCCAAUGUCAUCUCCGCUGCUGAGGCCAAGCUUGGACCCAUGUUCACUGAUUUGGAAAACGAAAUUUCCAAAUUGAUUGCCAAGGGUGAAGUUAUUGCUGAUUGCGCCAUCAAGAACCGCGAUGAUUUGGCAGAAUUCAAACCCAUCGCUUUCAACAACUUACCAAUCUGCGUGGAAGGAUUAGCUGGAGAUAUUGGUUCCAUUCUUCUUGGUGUUGAAUCAGAUAUCGGUGCAUUGGCUGGUGCCAUCGCCAAUUUGGCUCUUAUUGCUGGUGAAUGCGCUGCACAAGGUGAAGCAGGAGCUGCUAUCUGCGCUGGUACCAAGGCCGGACCUAUUGUAGGCAAUGUCCUCUCCAUCGUUGGUGAUGCCGUUGCUGCUAUUGGAAUUGCCAUUGCCAGGGCUCCUGCUAUUGUUGCCGAUGUCGAAUACUGUGCCACAAAUGUCGUUGCAACUACCGUCGCCACCCUUAGCAAGUUCGGCCAAGCUGUUAAGAAAUGCGCUUAAGCACUUUAAUGCCGUUGUUGUCGAAAAUUCAAUAAAAGGGUUUUAAAUCAAAAAAUAA